AACACUGUAGAGCUUUCAACACUGGGACGCCAACACGCCACGGACAUCGGCACAUGUGACACUUCAUUUGGAAAAAUAUAAAAAUAAAGAAAACUAUAUUUUGCAGCAUAAUGGAGCCAAGCCACAUCCAUAAAGUAUUUGUCGAUGUGGAUCAGCUGUUAUCCACACUUCUAGAGGAAAACGUACAGAAAUUAAGUCCCAGUGCAAUGGGAUUCUUCAGCGUUGAUAGAGAUCAUGAUUUUUACAACGACGCGAGCCAGUUGGGGCUCAUCAAGAUGCCGGAGGCGCAAAAAUACCCCCUCGACAUGAACAAGGAGAUGCAUCCCAAAUAUUCCAAGAAGUAUAAGCACAUCUACGAAGACUACUUGGACCCCCUGCUCCAAUACAUGAUUGCCAACCCGACGCGCUUUUUCGCCGCCAAAGAGGACGGCCAAGGAGUCCUAGAAACGAUUAAGAUGGUCACCCAAGGAGAACUACUCCAGGAGUUGAUGUGUACGCCAUACAACCACACUGAAAACUGGCGUAUCGUGGCCACUCGAUACAAGAACACAUCCUAUAUGUGUCUCGACGUUCCGGACGGGGCUGACAAUGCCAAGCAGCGGCGGCUCAACAAUCACGAGGGAGUACUGAAGCGCAUCAUCCAUAACGGAGGGGAGGAGCCUUUACUGAAGUUUUGGGAAAACUACUCCCAAUACAAAAACGUGUUUUUGGGCAAACUGGACGAGGACGUGUCAAUCUUGUAUGACGCCCCCAUGGGCGGAGCUCGUAUCACAGACAAGUUCGCCGACUCGCCUCUCGAGUUGUCGAACCUGCGGUUCAUGGACUUCAGGCUGGGAUGCUGUGUGUUCGACAGCAGUAUCCACACCGUCAAGAACAGCUCGCGCUGCUACGAACCCAUGGAGGCCCUCGGAUGGUGGUCGGAGUGCUACCUCAAGCAAGUCAACCACAUCUAUGUCGGCUGUUGCAAUCCACUAGGGUGCGUGAACUGCCUAAGAACUGCGACGCCCAGUCGUCUCAUCCAUCAGAACUCAAAAGCCUGGUCACCGUCCUAUUGUCACAUGUUUCUGGCAAACACACUGCGCGAAAUGAUGAAGGAGAUGGAGGGAACGGAUGACUCGUGCGUCACCAUGGAGUUUAACUAUGUCGCCGAGGAGCGCAAGAUAUAUGUCAGCAAGGAAGCCAACCGCGUUCCUCUUUUAUCCCACCAGUAUGUCCAGAUGAUGGAGACCGACGAGUGAGUGAGACCGAUGAGUGACCCACGCCAUAGAGAUUUCUGUGAUUAUUAAGACCACCUUCUUGGCUGAGCCAAAUGCCGACCAUUUGAUUAUUUGAUU